GGACAGCAAGUUCUAAGAAUGCACUGAAGUCACAGUGCACUGGUCUGAGCUCCUGGCAGAUCCUGCGUGGUCUCCAGUCUCCCUGAGGCUAUAAAGCCAGGAGUGAGAUUUGAUCACAUGAACUUUAAAAGAGUACAGCAAAAUAUUUUUUUAUUAAGCCAGAGUAGACUCAUUAUCAGUAUAUGUGAAGUCAUGUCCACUGAUCAAGGCAGCAGUACCUGUCCAAAGAUCACCAUCGAUCUGCCUUGUUCCGUAGGCAGCACAAGCACACUGGUUGAUCAGAAUGUAUCUGAUGAAGCGGCUCAGGGAAUAAAUGGGAAAACGCCAGCGAAACACUCCGCUGCAAGUCCAAAGCCACAAGUGCCUCCAAAGCCAUUACACCUGCAGAAUUCACCUUCGUCCAAUAUACACCAAACCCCCAGGCAUAAAGCUUUACCUAGUGCAAAACCAAGGAUGGAGGAAGUUAAACCUGCCUCUGCUUCUUGUGUCUCAAAAGAAAAACCCAGUAAGGUAUCAGAUCUCAUCAGUCGCUUUGAAGGAGGCAGCACAUUAUCAAAUUAUAGUGAUUUGAAGAAAGAUUCUGCCAUGAACCUCAAUGCUCCUAGAACUCCAGGAAGGCAUGGAUUGACAACCACACCUCAGCAAAAACUCCUCUCCCAGCACCCACCGCAGAAGCCGGGGAAUGAUACAGAUCAGACUCAGAACGCACAUACUUGUGUGGCCAAUGGCAUAAUGGCAGCACAAAAUCAGAUGGAAUGUGAAGAGGACCAAGCAGCCACUCUUAGUCCAGACACACCUGUUCAAACUUCUGAAUCUUCGCUGGAUACGCACAUAGUGAACGGAGAAGGAGAUGAAACUGCCGUGGGCCCUGCAUCACCCACCACAAAUGGCUGUGAUGGAAAUGCUUCCGACAGCAGCUGCAGGACUCCAGGCGUAGGCCCAGUGCUCUGCCUAGGAGAGGGAGGGGCAGAAACAGAAGCCAAGAUACAAGAGAGGGAAAACGGAGAAAGCCCGCUGGAACUGGAACAGCUGGACCAGCAGCAUGAGAUGAAGGAGACUGAUGAGCAAAAACUUCACAAAAUAGCCAAUGAACUUUUGCUUACAGAAAGAGCUUAUGUCAACCGACUCGACCUCUUAGAUCAGGUAUUUUAUUGCAGACUAUUGGAAGAAGCAAACCGAGGCUCAUUUCCGGCAGAGAUGGUGAAUAAAAUCUUUUCUAAUAUUUCAUCAAUAAAUGCCUUCCAUAGUAAAUUCCUAUUGCCAGAGCUGGAGAAACGAAUGCAAGAAUGGGAAACUACCCCUAGAAUUGGAGACAUCCUUCAGAAAUUGGCACCAUUCCUUAAGAUGUAUGGAGAAUAUGUGAAAGGAUUUGAUAAUGCAAUGGAAUUGGUUAAAAACAUGACAGAACGUGUUCCCCAGUUCAAAUUUGUGGUUGAAGAAAUUCAGAAACAGAAAAUCUGUGGGAGCUUAACUUUACAGCACCACAUGCUGGAACCUGUACAGCGGAUCCCUCGGUAUGAGAUGCUUCUUAAGGACUACCUGAGGAAAUUGCCCCCUGACUCCCCAGACUGGAAUGAUGCUAAAAAAUCACUUGAAAUUAUAUCUACAGCAGCAAGCCAUUCUAAUAGUGCAAUAAGAAAAAUGGAGAAUCUAAAGAAGCUCUUAGAGAUUUAUGAAAUGUUGGGCGAAGAAGAAGACAUUGUAAACCCUUCAAAUGAACUGAUAAAAGAAGGACAGAUUCUCAAACUAGCUGCUCGGAACACAUCAGCACAAGAACGCUACCUUUUCUUAUUCAACAACAUGCUGCUGUACUGUGUGCCUAGAUUCAGCUUGGUGGGCUCUAAAUUCACAGUUCGAACCAGGGUUGGCAUCGAUGGAAUGAAAAUUGUAGAGACUCACAAUGAAGAGUAUCCACACACUUUCCAGGUAUCUGGCAAAGAGAGAACACUGGAACUGCAGGCCAGUUCUGAGCAAGACAAAGAAGAAUGGAUCAAGGCUCUUCAAGAAACUAUUGAUGCUUUUCAUCAAAGGCAUGAAACUUUCCGAAAUGCAAUUGCAAAGGAUAAUGACAUCCACUCAGAGGUUUCUACAGCUGAGCUAGGGAAAAGAGCCCCCAGGUGGAUCCGAGAUAAUGAAGUAACAAUGUGUAUGAAAUGCAAAGAACCUUUCAAUGCACUGACACGGAGGAGGCAUCACUGUCGAGCAUGUGGACAUGUGGUUUGUUGGAAGUGUUCUGACUACAAAGCUCAACUCGAGUAUGAUGGCGGUAAAUUGAGCAAAGUUUGUAAAGACUGUUAUCAAAUAAUAAGUGGAUUUACAGACAGUGAAGAAAAGAAAAGGAGAGGAAUUUUAGAGAUCGAAUCCGCAGAAGUAUCUGGAAACAGUGUGGUAUGCAGCUUUCUUCAGUACAUGGAGAAGUCAAAACCUUGGCAGAAAGCAUGGUGUGUGAUCCCCAAGCAAGACCCUCUUGUACUGUACAUGUACGGAGCCCCCCAGGAUGUCAGAGCCCAGGCUACCAUCCCACUCCUGGGUUACGUUGUGGACGACAUGCCAAGGAGCGCAGACCUGCCACACAGUUUCAAACUGACCCAGUCCAAGUCCGUGCACAGCUUUGCUGCAGACAGUGAGGAACUGAAGCAGAAGUGGCUGAAAAUCAUCCUCUUAGCUGUCACAGGUGAGACAUCAGAUGGUCCGAGUGAGCAGCCAGCCACCUCGGACGAUUACCCUGAACCUAAAAAAAAAUCAGAAUGCUGAACUACAGGACCAGCCACAGUGCAGAGGUCACAAGACUCACGGCUCAAGACAUUCCCAGCUCUCCCUACUCAUCUCUUUGCACUUUAUGUUGAAAAAUAUAGGCUCAUAAAUACAUCUUUUGGGGACUGUUUUCCUAUGUUUAUGUACUCUAGUGAAAUUAGCGUGCAGAGCCAUUCUACCGAUAAAGUUUUGAAAUAAUGUGAAAAAUGGAGCGUUUAUUGAGCUAGUCCUUGAAUACGUAUUUUUGUCUUGAAGAAAAGAGUAUCAAUUGAUUCUGUCACCAUCAGGUUAGAAUGAGCACUUUCAUUUAAGAAAUUCUUUAACGUCUUCUCUUUCACACGUAGGACCUGUAACAGUUUGAAAGAUAUACCUCCAUGUUGCCAAAAUAGAUCCAUAGUGAAAAAUACAGGGACAGUUUAGGCUAUUGUAUUAACUUAUUUAAUUUAGUUUAUAAAUCUCAAACUGCAUAAAUGAUGUCUGUUCUUUUAAAACAAAAGAAAAAGGACAAAUUGUUGGUGUUCAGAUUUUUGACUUAUUAAGAAAAUACUUGUUUUUGUAGAAGUACUCCUAAGAACACGAUAUCUUACAUAUAUAGCAAUUAUGUAUAUAUAGUAUUAAAUAUAAAUAUAUAUCCUAUACAUGCCUUUCUCCUCAACUUUAGGUUCACACUCACCUCUAAUUUAUUUUUUAAAUAUGAAGCAUGGUUUAUCUUGGAAUUGAGCAGUGUCCUAAACUUAAGAAAUGUUUUUGGUGAUUUAUGUUUAACUGAUUGGCCAUCUAAGGAUAUUGGUAUUUUUAUAAUAAACAGUAAUUUAUGUGGCAUGGGAUAUAUUCAUGAACUCCAACAGUACAUCUUUAUUUUUAUUUUUUGUUCUGUGCCUAUUUAAAACAGUGCCUCUCUUAGAAGGUGCUAUUAAUACCUAUUUAAAUAUAAGAUGAGGGUUCA